AUGCGCGAGUAUGCUUACAGUUGGAUCUCCAUCAAGGUAGAGGACGGAGAAUCCACACGGUUCUGGUCAGACAAUUGGAGCCCUUUUGGAAACAUCAGGGACUUCUUCAGUAUAACAAUUCCUUCAGCUCUGGGAAUCCGACAGACGGCUACACUGGCUGAUAUCUACUAUGAUGAGGCGUGGCAUCUACCCGCCCCGCGUUCGGACUCUCAACUAGCUCUCCAUGUCUUCCUCACUACACUCAGACUGUCGCAAUCGCAAGACAGUUAUGAGUGGAAUCAACCAGGUAAUUCUUCCCCAACAUUCAAAACUGGGCUGACCUAUAAUCUCAUUAAACCGCAUCAAACUCCAGUCUCCUGGUCUAAGAUUAUCUGGUUCUCUCGAGGGAUUCCGAGGCAGAGUUUCCUUGCGUGGUUGGUCAUCCUAAACAGGUGCCCGACAAGAGAUCGUAUCAUCAGCUGGGGGCUCCCCACAAGCCCUCUCUGUCUACUUUGUAAUGCGGCUAAUGAGUCGAGGGACCAUAUCUUCUUUGAAUGCCCUUUCUCAUUUGCGGUUUGGAGCUUCUUAGCAGUGAAAGCAAACUGUAGGGCAGAUCGUAAUUGGGCUCAGAACGUUCACUACCUCGAGCAUUAA